AUGAAAAUAGCGACACUCUCUCAAAGCGUCGCUAUGGAAGUGUUUCCAAAAUCGAGGCAUCGGUUGUGUACAUGGCACAUUGGGGAAAAUGCUGUUGUAAACAUCAAAGGUGUUAUGGCCAAAGAAGGUUUCAAACGUCGGUUUGAUUAUGCUUUGAAAUAUACUGACACAGUUGCUGAGUUCGAGCAUUAUUGGAAUAGUCUUAUGACUGAUUACAAUUGCAAGACACACAAAUGGAUAGAGAGGUUAUAUGAUUUGAAAGAGAAAUGGUGUCCUGCAUAUAACAAAGACUGGUUUUCUGGGGGUAUUUUAUCUUCUCAAAGGAGUGAGACGACAAAUCAUUCUAUUUCUAGGAGGUUGCAUAAAACGAAUGGUUUAUGUGAUUUUUAUAAGUGUUUUUUAGAUGUAAUUGAUGAAUGGAGAAGUAAGGAGAACAAGGGAGAUUAUAAUUCUUCUACUGGAAAUAGAUAUUACGCAUGUGCAGAUAACAUGUUAUGUUUGCAUGCGCGGGAUGUGUAUACCAUUGCAAUAUAUUUGAUAUUUGAGCAACGAUUCAUCAAAGCAAUUGGUUUGAGGUGUCAACGCAUUUCCUAUGAGUUUCCAGUUUCUAAGUACAUUGUUGGGCAUCCUACAAAGGAUUUUAUUAGACAUGUUGUGAUGUUUAAUGAGCAAGAGAUGGUUGUUGAUUGUACUUGCAAGUCAUAUGGAGAGAUAGGAGUUCUUUGUUCUCAUAUUCUUCGAGUUUUCAUUGUCCAUAAUGUUGAAGAGAUUCCCAAACAAUACAUUAUGAAGAGAUGGACCAAAAAGGCUAUGAACACGAUUGUUGAAGAAGGAGAAGAUAGAGAUAAUGAAGUAAGUGUUGUUUCUGCUUCAGUUUGGAGGAUGCAAAGCAUAAGAAAUUGCAUUAAAGUUAUAAAUGAAGCUCAACAUUGUCCGGCUGCAAGGAAGCUUAUUGAUUUGGGUGUGUUGGAUAUGUCAUGCAAAGUAAAGGAGUAUAUUGGUGGUGUUGAAGGGGAUGGUAAUGUAUCAAACAAGUAUGUGCGAGAAGAAACUCUACUUGAUGUCGUUGAGCCUUCAACAGACACAGUUUUGCCGGAUGUUGUGGAACCGAUUGCUGAAAAAGUCAUUCCAACAAUGAUUCAAAAUCCACCAAAGCGAAAGAGGAAGAUUAAGAACGGGACUGAAGGCUAAUGAGAGGAAUGUGAGACCUAAAGGAAUUGUUGAGAAGAAACGCAAUAAACUGAAAGGUUGGAACAAGAGAAGAGAAAGACAUGUUGAUAAUUUGAGGGAGGAAACUCAGUCUACUGAUCAGUGUAUCAUAAAUUUACCUGUUGGUGGGGUUUUGGUUCAUCCAACAUCUUCAAAUUCACAAUUGGAAGCAUAUGUUCCAGAUGAUUAUUUUGGAGUACACAUACAACCUUUGUAGAUUCAUUUACGAUUGGUAAUAUUUUGAUUUUUAGUUUGUUGUGUUUUUAAUCAUUUGUUUUUGUAUUCUCAAUAAUGUUCUUUUACUCUUUUGAUGUAUAUUUUUACGGGCUACUGAUGUUUCGCUCAAUCAAUAUUUUGAAAUGAGAAUUUUUAGUUGUA